UCCUCUCGGCCACCGCCAUGUUUGUUUGAGACAAGAUGACUGCAGGACGGGACAGAAGAGGGAAGUGGAUUUAAAUUGAAAAUAAAUAACAACUAACGAGAACCAGUUAUUUUUUUACAGUAAUAUGACAGAAAGGACGUGUACUACCGACACAGUUAACAGUGUUUUUUCUUCUAUUACAAACAAAAGCUAAUGAUAAAACCUAGUUUUAUUUCCUGGGAAUUAUAAUUUUGUUCUCGUAUGUCGUAAGGUUCUUUUAUAUAACAAGACAAUACUGCUUUUCUAGGGGACCUGUUAAAGAGGUAAAGGAUACGUACAUGUUCAAAUUUUCUGAGAUUUUUCUCUCAAAAGAAGUUAUAUCUAUGUCUGUAAUAAAAUUUAUGACUUUCAAUUCCUAUCUCGUUUGGUGCCGAAAGAAGGAGUAGAUAACCAGCUUUGUAUUUUGGAUUUUCGGUUCUUUUGGAUAUUUUAUACUUUGCCUUUCAAGUAAUUUUACAUACAACAAAAAAAAAACAAAAAAAAAAACGUUAUUUUUUCCUGGAAGGUCAAGCAAAAAAAGGAUAACUCAAUCAGAAAGAUGUCAAGCAGCACUCCAGCAGAUAUGAUCAACUUGCGGCUCAUCUUGGUGAGUGGAAAAACAAAAGAAUUUUUGUUUUCACCUAAUGAUUCAGCUGCAGACAUUGCCAAACAUGUGUAUGACAACUGGCCAAUGGACUGGGAAGAAGAGCAGGUCAGCAGCCCAAAUAUUUUACGACUUAUCUACCAGGGACGGUUUCUGCAUGGCAAUGUGACACUAGGAGCAUUAAAGCUUCCCCUUGGCAAAACCACAGUGAUGCAUUUAGUAGCCAGAGAGACAUUACCAGAGCCAAAUUCCCAAGGUCAAAGGAACCGUGAAAAAACAGGAGAAAGCAACUGCUGUGUGAUUCUGUAAACGCAUCCUGUUGUUUUACCUACCCAUGAUGUCAUAUAGUUCUUGUUUAUCUCAUGCUGCUGGAAUUCACACACAACCUUGCUUCAAAGAGCUGAAAAAAAGAUUAAGCCCAAACUGGAUCAUUACUCAGUGCCCAUAUUGUGUUUUCUGUUUCUUAUCUAGAUUGUUCUCUUAAGCUCUGUUUAUGUGAAUAGAAUCCAUAAGAUUAUGUAUGUUUGUAAUACAGAUUUUGUUUUUUUGUAAUGGUAGUAUUUUGCACAUGACAAGCUAGUUUUGCAUAUUGCAGGCUGUACUCAUUUUGGUUAUAGAAGUAGUUUGUACCCGAUCACACAUUUCUUAAAGAAAACAUUUUAUCCAGCAUUAUAAUAUUAAUGGUUUAACAGAACUUGAUUAGCACUAAUCUUGGUACUACCUUACCUAAGGUAACAUUAGGUAGUCCAGGAUUAGUGCUGCUGUAAAUCUCGCUGUAGAUUUAUUUGUAAGUACAUUCAGUCAAUGCCAUAGAAUAUGUGACAGAUUAUUUCAUGAUGCUGUUGAAAAAAUAACAAAUCUAAUGAAGAGGUAGAAUAAUAUUUUAAACAUGAAACAUUAAAAGUUUAAAUCAUGAAAGUAAAUACUGUUUCUUUUAAAUAGUAAACCAUGCUAAGAGUUGAUGUGCCUGUAGUCAGACAUCGGUCCACAGAGGACUGAUAAAUUGGACUAAAAUCUGCAGAUUAUGAAAUAAUUCUGCAGAAAUAAAGUGCAUUUCCUAGCCUUAAUGGAGGAAGGGAAGCUUUUAUUAGAUCAUUGUAUUAUUCAUAAAUAAAAGUAAAGGCUUCAUGGAUGAUCCAAGGUUUUUUUUUUUUGUAUAUUACCAGUCCAUAUUUUGUUAAUGAAAUAACCUGUAUUCAACUGCAUAUUAUUGCCCAGUGUUGUCUGUAUUUAACAAUUUAAAACUAUUCUUUGCCAUGCAACUUUUUAUUUUAUUUUUCCUUACACUUGCAUUAUGUUGUAGUGCUUGUAAUUGGAACAAGACGGUGAAUUGAAAUAGCGUAUAAGAUGUCAUUAUUUUUCCUAUUUUUCCUAUUUUUUCUCUAAAGAAUAAUUACCUGAAAAGAAUAUUUGCACAGCAUUGAAGCAUGAGCUACUUUCAUCUAAACUUGUAAAAAAAAAAAAAAAAAAGUUUUUUUAAUAUUUCAGUAGGAAGCUGUUCUUCCUAACUGAGGUUACAUAAGUGUAGAAUACAGUAUAUUUAAUAUGAAUCUUAUAUAGUAUAUGACUAAAGAUAUCAUUGCUGUACAUUGGUGUGUAGUAUAGAACAAUAAUCUUUAUGAAUAGCUUGCUAGCAGUUGAAACAGUCACAGGUUGACAGUGUGUAUUGUACACAAUACAAGUGACCAUAACCCCUCAAUCAAGUUAAUGUAAUAUGUGUAUUUGUGUUAUUUUUGUUUGUUUGUUUGUUUGUUCUCAACUGAUCAUAAUUUAAUGUAAUAAUUUUAUUUUAUCUGUAGUUAUUGCUUUAACAAAAUGCUUUAGAAUGCAGUAGGUCUUAAAAAAAAUACAUAUAUAUAUAUAUAUAUAUAUAUAUAUAUAUAUAUAUAUAUAUAUAUAUAUAUAUAAUGUAUGUAUUUUGUUCAUACUGAUCUGGAAUACAUUUGUAUAGAGCAAGGUUUUAAAACUGAUUUGUAAAUAUCACUAAACGUUUUCUUUCUGCAACCUGUAUCAAUAGUUCCUUCUGUAAACUAAAUAAAGAAUAUUGCAGUGA